AUGAGUGCAGUCAUCGAAGCACUGUACGUCUACGAUGAGCAAAAUAAUUGUAUCUUGGAGCACGUUUAUCAUGCUCGGCCUCCGUCCCCGAAAUCAUUGCUAUCCCAAUUCAAGGCAUGCCCUGUUCCACGACCUGCACUCCUCUAUCUCUCCGAUCUAUCUCCUGCCACGAUAGUAGCGUCGGUAUAUCACUCAAACACACUCUUUCUCUGUCCUAGCAGUACAGACCAGAAUGCGCUCACAUUGCUCGAGUUUGUUCACCGGGUCAUUGAUGUCUUCGAGGACUUCCUUGGCCCGCCGCUGUUGGCCCACAAGAUCGAGAACAACUACGAUAUCAUAGCGCAGUUGUUGGGUGAGAUCUGCGAUGGAGGUGCGAUCUGCAACACAGAGCCAAACGCUCUUCGGGAGAAUGUCGAAGUUGCUGGCCUGAUUGGAAAGCUGUUCACUCAUGUUGGACUGCCUGGGUCCUCGCCGGCCCUUGGACCCUCGAAUAAUCUGGUGGCAAACCUCAAGGCAGGCUCGAAUCUGAACAGUGGACCUGCUAUUCCAUGGAGACGCCCAAAUGUCCGUCACACCUCGAACGAGCUCUACGUCGAUAUAUUGGAGGAUGUAUCAGUCAUCUUAGCGCCUUCGGGCAGGCCCAUCUCUGCUGUCUCAUCAGGCUCAAUAGCGUUUACUGCUAAGGUAUCCGGGAUUCCUGAACUCGUGCUCACAUUGAGCGCUCCUGGUGGAUCAAGCAGCAGCAAAGUGACCAGCAUAUUUCGUGUUAUGCAAUCUCCAGUCUUCCAUCCAUGCGUCAGGCUUGCUCGAUGGAAAGAGCGUCCAGGAGAACUGUCUUUCGUCCCUCCAGAUGGACGAUUUGUCCUUGCCAGUUACGAGGUCGAUCUAAUACCUUCUUAUGGAGAUGUUGACGCCCCACCCAGCAGAGGAGAAAAGCUCUUCAUGCCUGCUAUGGUAGAUCUGCGAAUAGGCCUCGGUGAAAAAGGCUCCGAUUUUGAGGUUCGACUAACAUUGAACACCGAUUUUCCAGGAGCCUAUACGUCCUCUAAACCCAGAACUCCGGGCACGUCGACCCCUUCCUUCUCUUUUGGAGGCUCAAGUUCAGGAAGCUCAAGUGCACCAACCCUCGAAGCAGUAGUGGUAUCAGUUCCGCUGCCAGCUGGUGUGAGAAGGUUGGAGAACUUGCGACCUUCUAGAGGAGAGGCAAUGUUUCAGCAAUUCGCGCAGAGCGUCCAGUGGAAAGUGCCUACGAAAGAUGGUGCGUCUGUGAGCGGUACUGCAGUUCUGUCUGGUACUGUAAUCGGGCCCCUGCAUGCCGGGGACGUCGAAGAUGAGGACGAAGACGCCGAGACUAAUAACAGUGUGACCACCAACCCUCUGCUGGGCUACUACGAUGAAGAUUCAGCAAACAUCCCUGGAAAAUCCUCAGCGCUCGUUGCAUUAAAAGGCAACAAAGUUGCUUCGGCAAAAGAUAAAAUCCUUUCAGCUGCACAGCAAAAAGCAGCCCAGGCCAAUAAGGCUCUUAUGCCUAGGUCUGUGAAUUUGUCAUUUACUGUUCGUGGUUGGCUUCCGAGCGGUAUCAGGGUGGAUAGCCUUAUUAUUGAUACUCGCAAGAGCAGGGGGCUGGGAGAAAAUGUCAAACCAUUCAAGGGUGUGAAAUAUAUGACUGUGAGCAGGAAAGGGGUCGAGCGGAGAGGCUGA